GGUAAACACAACCAGACAGACAGAGCCAUGUCUGACAGCCCUGCUCACUGAAAGAACAAGGGACAGAGGAAAUAAAGCAUGUGCGAAUGAGUACAAGAGAGACAAGAGGAGGGAGGGAAAAAAGAAGAUAUAGGGUGAGAGAAAGAGAGAAACCAAAAAAGAAAAAUAUAUGCAGGAACUGCAGGAAGGAACAAAAACAUUGUGUUCGUGAAUGGGAGCUGGUGAGCUCAGCCAUAGGGGAGUGUGUUGUGAAAAACCAGGCAGAAUUCAACUGUUGGCUGAUUCUGGCUAGUGUUGGCAGUGCUGCUCCUAGCCCUGCUGCUGGGAUUUUCUAGGGGCUAUGUUUCUGACCGAGGACCGGGGCAGCAUCACCAAAAUGCAGGGCAGAGCCUGCUGAAUGGGAGGUUAGAAGUGCAACAAACCAGCAUGGGAGCCAAACAGAUGAAAUGCCUCAGCUCAGGCAGUCCUGCACACUCCCCUAAAGACGAAUACAUCAUUGCAAAGUCCAUAGAUGCUCCUAAAGAAGCCUUUAUCUCAGCUCAGUCUGAAGACCACACAGAGCCUGGGGAUGAGUUGACAGAAAAUAAAUCUGAUACAGAAGAGGCAUUGUCUCUCUGUGGCCUUUGCCCAGUCCCAAUGUAUGGUGGGCCAGAAGAGGAGAGAUCAUGGGAGGAGCAGCUGGAGUGUAACCAGGAGCAGCUGGAGAAGGAGAUGCAGGAGGCCAGGAGGAUGGUGUUCCGCCUGCAGGCUCUACUCCUGCAUGGCUCUCUUCCUGAGGAUGAGCAGGACGUCUCUGUGGGCUUCGGGGAUAGCAGAGCUAAUGCUGAGCAGCAGCUGGUUCUAAUCCGCAGUCGUCUGGACCAAAGCAUGGAGGAGGUUCUUGAUCUGAAGAGGGAGCUUCUGAGGCACAAGCAAGAAGCUCGCCACCUUCAGGCCAUUAGAGAUGCUCUUCAGCAGCGUAUGGCAGUACAGGAGGCUGCAGUGUUGCAACUGAAGCAGGACCUGCUAAGGUGCAGCAUGGCCAAGGAAGAAUUAGAGGGGGAAAAUGCAGAGCUCAAGCGGAAGUUGAACGAUCGGAACAAAUUACUCAGUGAAUAUGAGCAGCAAGUUGGUAAAAAGGAUAGACUACUUCAGCAACAGCAGCUGAAACUGGACGAAGACAGUCACAGGUCAUCUAGGAGUGAUAAUAGUGGGUACAUUAACUCUAUGGGCCCAUCUACUGGCCCAGCCUUCCAACACACAGCGGGCGAGGAGCUGCAGCUCGUAAGGGAAGCCCUGCGUUGUCUGAGGGACGGCUUCUCCGGCCAUGACCCUCAGCAUCACACCCUGGACACACUGGAGCAGGGCGUGGCCAGACUCAUGGACCGUCUACACACACUUGACACACGCCGCAGGCAGGACAGAGGGGGCCAGUACAAAUCACCAGGACGUAGAGCCAACCCCACCGACAGAGACUCGUGGCCCCCCAGCUCAAAAAUAGCUCACUCUCAUAGUAGCCCUGGCCUGGACUCUUCAGUUUACACUAAAGUGCUCUACUUCACUGAUCGCUCACUCACUCCGUUUCUGGUCAACAUCCCUAAGAGGCUGGGGGAGGUAACUCUGAAAGACUUCAAGGCAGCGGUGGAUCGCCAGGGCAGCUUCAGAUACCACUUCAAAGCCCUCGACCCAGAGUUUGGUACUGUAAAGGAGGAGGUAUUCCAGGAUGGCGCCCUAGUGCCUGGCUGGGAAGGGAAGAUAGUGGCUUGGGUGGAGGAAGACCAGGGAGAGAGAAGGAACUGGGAAUCAACCAACCAUAGAGGGAACCACUAACCUCAGACUGUGACCACUGUUCUACGAUGCCAUAAAACCCUGUCAGUAUUCAGAGACCCAACAGAGAUAGAUAUUAUGACAACAAGGACCAAUCUAUUUAUUAUUAUUUCAAAACCAUAGUUUUAAAAAUGUGUCUUUCCUGAACAUUUUACUUACAGUUACUGUUUGAAAUACAAGUUGUAAUUACAAAAUAAGAGUGAUGAAUUUGUCCUAUAUACAAUACAAUUUUGUUUU